GUUUUGUUAAAUUGUUUAAUUUUCUGAAAUGAAAAAAAAAAAAAAAAAAAAAUUCCCUAGAUUGUCCGAUAUCGUCGAAUACUCGUCUAUCUAACCCUUUCCCUGAAAUUGAUGUGGGAAAAAUUGAAAUCAACAGCAAAUCGGAAGUGAAGAUUGAAGAUGCCUGAUAUCAUCGACAUCAUUGAAUCGUAUAUUCGUUUCUCUAAGCCUUUCCUUGAAAUCGGUGUGGGAAAUAUCGAAAUCAACAAGAAAUCGUCACUGAAGAUUGAAGAUGUAUGAUAUCAUCGAACGUAUGUGAUGCUUGGAGACACAAAUCAAACCAAAUUGAAGAAGCUGGAGGUCUAUUUGCAGAAAUGAAGUCCAAAGUUUCAGUAAUGAAGAUAUUAAAGCAGAGAUCAUGUUUUAUGCAGUUGGUAUUGGUGUCUCCUCAUCUAGGCAGGAUGAGUGCAUCUGUCAUGGCUCUUCCAUCCAAUAAUGAUGUUGUGGACACUUCCAACACAAAAAAUAAGUCUAGUUGUUCCAUGAUCUGGAAAUCAUUUUUGCAUAAUGAUGGACAUAAUGACAUACUAAGAGCCCAAAAGAUUUGGGAUCAAAGGAUCUUAACAAAAUCAAACUCUAGAAUUGUAGAUGUGGUUGUUGUAUAAUAGUGUACCAAUCAUUUUUUUUUCCAAAAUGAGAAAUAUACUUAUAGUUAUCAUUUUUAAUCAAAGUUAGCAAUUGAGAUUA